AUGCCUAUUAAGGGAAUGGGUGAUGAACUUAAAGGUACUGAAGGGAUAAAUGAGGAGUCUGGAGCUAGUGAUACUGAUACUAGUACAGUAGGUCCUAACACCGUAACGGAGCAUACUGGAAAGGGAGCUAAUGACACUUUUGAUACUAUGGGAAAUGGAGCUAAUGACACUUUUACAACUACCGGAAAUGGAGCUAAUGACACUUUUACAACUACCGGAAAGGGAGCUAAUUUUACAGCUAUGGAGUGUACCAUGGGAAAGGGAGCUAAUUUUACAGCUAUGGAGUGUACUCCUGGAAAGGGAGCUAAUUCUACAGCUAUGGAGUGUACCCCUGGAAAGGGAGCUAAUUCUAUGGGUAUGGAGUGUACUACCGGAAAGGGAGCUAAUUCUACAGCCAUGGAGUGUACUAUGGGAAAGGGAGCUAAUUUUACAGCUAUAGAGUGUACUCCAGGAAAGGGAACCCCUUUCGGGGAUAAGGUAGCCCCUUUCGGGGCUGGUACUAAGGAUAUUACUGGCCGUGGUACUGACACCGUAACGGAAGAAAUGGAAAAAUAUGUGAGUAUAUUAAUAAUGUGUAGAUUAACAGGUAAUAUAUAA